CCACCUCAGUUAAUAUUUACAACGCCAGUGUCAAUAAUAAUAAUAAUAACAAAUCAUUAACCUUUACCAAAUCAAACAAAGGGGGAAUUCCUGUGAAUAUUGAAUUAUGAGGCUGUCCUUUGUUGCACUCCCCACUUUGCCUGGAUUGCUGCUAUCUUGUUAGGAUUUUGACGCUCCCCCCUCAUCCAGCUGCUCCUGAAAACACACAUGGUGCAUUGUUGUCGUUCCCCAGAUCGUGUCUGUUCAUCAGAACUGUUCAGUAACCUUCAGCAAGCAGAUCUGCGACCUCUAGGAUAAAUAUAAAGUAGUUUCUUUUGCAGACCUAGUGCCCUUGUUUCUGUUGUAGCUGCACAGUAAAAAUGGAGCCUUGCAUGGAGUAUUUCUUGGCACAAGUGCUGCAGAAAGACAUGGGACGUCGGGUGCAAAUUGCUCAGGAGCUGAUAGAGUACAUCACAGAUCGCCAAAAAUCCCAUGAUCUGGAACAGGACCAAUCUAUGCUGGACCGAAUGGUGGAUGGCCUUGCUGCUGGUUGGGUAAACUCCAGUAACUUCAAGGUGGCUUUAUUUGGUAUAGAAAUUUUAUCAACCCUCAUUUCACGUCUUCAGGAUCACUUUAAAACACAUAUUGGUACAGUGUUGCCAAGUCUAAUAGAUAGACUAGGGGAUGCUAAGGAUCCAGUUCGAGAACAAGAUCAAAUCCUUCUGUUAAAAAUUAUGGAGCUAUCAGCUACUCCACAGUACGUCUGGGAGCGAAUGUUAGGAGGGUUUAAACAUAAGAAUUUUCGAACGAGGGAAGGGAUUUGCCUUUGCCUUAUUAGCACAUUAAAUGCUUACGGAGCUCACAGUUUAACUCUGAGCAAAAUUGUACCGCAUAUCUGUAAUUUAUUAGGAGAUCCAAACAGUCAGGUCCGAGAUGCCGCAAUAAAUAGUUUAGUCGAAAUAUAUAAGCAUGUUGGAGAGAGAGUCCGUGCGGAUCUUCAUAAAAAGGGGCUACCACAAUCAAGGUUGAAUGUAAUUUUUGCAAAAUUUGAUGAGGUUCAGAAGUCUGGACAUAUGAUUCUGUCUUCAGCAGCAGAUAAGAAUUUUGAUGAAGAUGAUUCGAUGGAUGGAAAUAGGCCAUCUUCUGCUAGCUCCACGUCUUCAAAAGCUCCAAGUUCACGGCGUACAGUUGGUACCAGUCGUAGACCAGGAUCGUCUGCAGUUGGCUUGAGGACUGGCACAGUCAAAGACGGUGCGGGUGCUGUCGAUGAAGAUGAUUUUAUCCGUGCGUUUGAAGAAGUUCCAACAGUGCAGAUUUUUUCCAACAGAGACCUCGAAGAAUCCUUCAACAAAAUUAGAGAAGUUUUAUCUGAUGAUAAGCAUGAUUGGGAACAGCGAGUAGCUGCGCUCAAAAAAAUCAGGUCUUUAAUGCUAAGUGGAGCGGCAGAAUACGAAUGUUUCUUCCAAAAUCUGCGACUUUUAGAUGGAGCAUUUAAAUUAUCAGCGAAAGAUCUACGAUCACAAGUUGUACGGGAAGCUUGUAUAACAUUGGGGCAUCUCUCAUCUGUUUUGGGAAAUCGUUUUGAUCAUGGUGCAGAAGCUAUAAUGCCAACACUGUUCAAUCUUGUACCUAAUAGUGCCAAAGUCAUAGCAACAUCUGGUAUAGCAGCUAUAAGAUUAAUUAUUCGACAUACACACUUCCAUCGAUUAAUACCUAUUAUCUCGAGCAAUUGUGCAUCGAAAUCUGUGGCAGUGCGGAGGCGUUCAUUUGAAUUUUUGGAUCGGCUGCUUCUGGAAUGGCAAACACACUCGCUAGAAAAACAUGUAACACUUUUGGCUGAAACAAUAAAGAAAGGGAUCCAUGACGCAGAUUCUGAAGCAAGACUGGAAGCUCGAAAAGUAUAUUGGGAUUUUCACAGUCACUUCAGUAGAGAAGCUGAAAUAUUGUUUAAUUCAUUGGAACCUGCCUAUCAGAAACCUCUCCAGUCUCAUUUGAAAAACUCAGACAGCAUUGUUUCCUUGCCACAAUCGGAUCGCUCAUCAUCCAGCUCACAAGAAAGCCUAAAUCGCCCCCUGUCUACAAAGCGCAGUCCUACUGGAAGCACUGUAUCACGAGCUUCAACAGUUAGCGUGAAGCCCGUGUCUAACACUGGAUCCCUGCAACGUUCUCGCAGUGAUAUUGAUGUGAAUGCAGCUGCUAAUGCCAAGUCACGCUUGACUGCUACUCCAAGUAAUACACCUGGACAUUUCAGCUCAGCGGCAGCCCUACCUCCAGGGUCCUACGCUUCACUAGAUGGCACAUCCACUAAAGCUGAGGGGGUUUCUACAAAGAAGGAUGGUCGAGUGCGCUCUAGACGUCAGAGCGCUGGGAGUACCACCAGUGUAGCCAGUACACCCUCUGAUACCAGAGGCCGAAGCCGAGCUAAAGUAGUAUCUCAGUCCCAACGAUCCAGAUCAGCUAAUCCUGCAGGCGCCGGAAGCAGAUCCAGUUCGCCUGGAAAACUUCUUAGUAGCACGUACUCCGGCAUGAGUAGUGGACCGCAGAGGGUAUCUGUUGCACCUCAAACAUCUGAAAAACGCAGCAAAAUCCCUCGCAGCCAGGGGUGCAGUCGGGAAGCCAGCCCCAACAGAUUGGGCUUGGCACGGAGCAGCCGUAUCCCUCGACCAAGUAUGAGUCAGGGAUGCAGCCGCGAUACGAGCCGUGAGAGCAGUCGAGAUACAAGCCCUGUUAGAGGCUUUGCUUCACUUGCUUCUCGCCGGCACUCAAGGUCCACCAGUGCACUCUCCACUGCUGAUUCAGUUGGGCAGCCAGAUCGAUAUGGGCUUGGACAAGCUGGUCGAUUGCCUCCUACAGUAAAUGCCAUGAGGGUUCUCAACACAAGCACAGAGGUGGAGGCUGCUGUUGCAGAUGCCUUGCUAUUAGGAGACUCCAGGACUAAGAAAAAACCCGUGAGGAGGCGAUAUGAACCAUACGGAAUGUACUCUGAUGAUGAUGCAAACAGUGAUGCAUCUAGUGCUUGUUCAGAGCGGUCAUAUGGCUCCAGAAAUGGAGGCAUUCCACACUACCUGCGCCAAACAGAGGAUGUGGCUGAGGUCUUAAACCAUUGUGCUAGUUCAAACUGGUCUGAGAGAAAAGAAGGACUUGUCGGCCUUCAAAAUCUUUUGAAAAGUCAGAGAACAUUAAGCCGAGUUGAACUGAAGCGGUUAUGUGAGAUUUUCACUCGGAUGUUUGCAGAUCCACAUAGCAAGGUAUUCAGCAUGUUUUUGGAAACUUUAGUUGAUUUCAUCAUCAUCCACAAAGAGGACCUCCAGGAUUGGCUGUUUGUGCUCCUGACUCAGCUUUUAAAGAAGAUGGGGGCCGAUUUAUUAGGUUCUGUACAGGCCAAGGUUCAGAAGGCACUGGAUGUCACCAGAGAGUCCUUCCCAUUUGACCAGCAAUUCAAUAUUCUUAUGCGUUUUAUUGUGGAUCAAACACAAACGCCUAACCUCAAGGUUAAAGUUGCAAUCUUGAAGUACAUUGAGAGGCUAGCAAGGCAGAUGGACCCAGCCGAUUUUGUUAAUUCCAGUGAGACCCGUCUUGCUGUUUCCAGAAUCAUAACCUGGACAACUGAACCAAAGAGCUCUGAUGUGAGAAAGACUGUGCAUAGUUGGUUGAGUGAUGAGGUGUUGGCCAGGUCCUGUUCGAGUACCUCUGGGCCUGGUGAAAUUGGCCUGGAAGAAAAGUGUAAACAGGCUGCACAGGUCGUGCUGAUUUCCCUGUUUGAGCUGAACACUCCUGAGUUCACUAUGUUACUUGGUGCCUUGCCAAAAACAUUCCAAGAUGGUGCCACCAAGCUCCUUCACAAUCACUUGAAGAACUCUAGCAACACUAGUGUGAGUUCACCCAGCAACACAAUGGGACGCACACCUUCACGACACUCCAGCCGAACAAGCCCUCUUACAUCUCCGACGAAUUGUUCACAUGGUGGUCUUUCCCCAAGUCGAUACUGGGGUUGGAGUGCAGAUGGGCUGUCAAAGCAUCCCCCCACCCCUUCUCAGCCUCACUCCAUCCCCACAGUUCCUACCCACAAGACCUUCCGGCGUUCUUACUCGCCCAGCAUGUUGGACUAUGACACAGAAAACCUUAACUCCGAUGAAAUUUAUAGUUCUCUUCGUGGGGUCACACAAGCUAUCCAGAACUUCAGUUUCCGUAGUCAAGAGGAUUUAAAUGAACCAAUUAAACGCGAUGGAAAGAAAGACUGCGAUGGUGUAUCAAGGGAUGGAGGAAUUGCAUCUCCAUCUUCUGACAUCCGUGGAGGUGGUGAGCCUGUAGAAGGAGGAAGAACUGCGCUUGACAACAAAACAUCUUUACUUAACACUCCAGCACCCCGCUCUUUCUCUGGACCUCGCACUAGAGAAUACAACCCAUAUAAUUAUUCAGAUACGAUCAAUGUGUUUGACAAGACAGCACUCAAAGAAGCAAUGUUUGAUGAUGAUAUGGAACAAUUUCGUGAUGUUCCUAUUGAUCAUUCAGAUUUGGUUGCUGACCUUCUGAAAGAACUUUCCAACCACAAUGAGCGAGUUGAAGAACGGAAGGCAGCGCUACUGGAACUUCUGAAAAUAACCAGAGAGGAUACCCUGGGGGUGUGGGAUGAGCACUUCAAGACUAUUCUGCUUUUGCUUCUGGAAACCCUAGGUGACAAAGAUCAUUCCAUUAGAGCAUUAGCCUUAAGAGUUCUACGGGAAAUUCUACGUAAUCAACCGGCAAGGUUUAAAAACUACGCUGAAUUAACAAUAAUGAAAACACUAGAAGCACACAAAGAUUCCCACAAAGAGGUGGUAAGAGCUGCUGAAGAAGCUGCUUCCACAUUGGCGAGUUCCAUCCAUCCUGAACAGUGUAUUAAAGUGCUAUGCCCCAUCAUCCAGACUGCUGACUAUCCCAUCAAUUUAGCUGCCAUUAAAAUGCAAACAAAAGUGACAGAGCGGAUCUCCAAGGAGUCUUUGCAUCAGCUUCUUCCAGAUAUCAUCCCAGGACUGCUUCAGGGCUAUGACAACACAGAAAGCAGUGUGCGUAAAGCAAGUGUAUUCUGCUUGGUGGCAAUUUAUUCUGUAAUUGGAGAGGAGCUGAAACCUUACCUUGCACAGCUCACAGGAAGUAAGAUGAAAUUACUGAACUUAUACAUAAAAAGAGCCCAGACAACAAACAGCAACAGUAGCUCAUCGUCAGAUGUGUCAAGUCAUAGUUAACGGAUGGCAAUCAUGCUUAUUUAGAUGGAUGAAGCCGUGCCUCUUCAGAGACCUGUCUGUUCAGAUUUUGAAAUCCACGUGCCCUUGGAGUGAAAAAUUGCUGCACAUCAGUGUUUGUUCUUAAGUAAUAUAUGCAGUUGCUUAGCUUUAAUCUUACAGCUGUUACUUGAUCAUAAUGUGAUGCCUGUUUAAUCUGUGACCUAGAAUAAAAGAAGGCCUGUAGUGAGUCAUUGACAGUCCAGUGCUGACAUCAAGUUUAAGCAGCAAGUGAAGGUCAGGUUACUGUCAUCUUUAAACCUGGAGUAUAUGAAGUACUUACAUGAGUAUUAUUCCACAUGGUGUAAUUUUAAGUAUUAUACAUAAAAUAUUUGCGGUUAAAUUACACUAGAAAUGACAUUGCUAAACUUUUUCUUAGCAGCUAAUAGUUUAGACAUGUCAAGUUCAUGCUCAGCCAAAUGAUAUCUCACUGGACUGGACUAUUAUUACUGCAGAAGACUGAAGCAACUUUUCACUGCUGCUGCCAGUAUUUAACACUUUUAGAUGGAUGCAAUUUAAAACCUAACAAUUGAAGAUUUGCAUGGCAGCACUAAAAAGGCAUGAUCCUCCUUUUGUGGGAACUAACACUGCAGUUUGGUAAGGACUAGUUACUGUGUUAUGGAAUUUCUUUUUUAAAACUAUUGUACUACUUUCUCACAAUCAGUUCGACUCUCCUUCCCCAUGCCUGGAUAAUUGCCACCUCCUAUUUGGAAAUGCAGAAGGAAGCUUGUUGUAUAUCCCUGCCUUUGAAAUGGGUGCUUCUCAUCCUUGUCUUAGCAAGAAUUGAGAAAAUCAUUUAAUUAAUGCACCCAAGAUAAUAUCAGCCUGAAAAUGAAAUCUUGAUCUGUGGUUCUGUUUAUGACUACCCUUCAGAAUUUUGGAAACACCCAUUUAUCUUGCAAUAUUAGAAUCUGUGACGGAACGUACAAACCACUAAAUUUCUGAAUCUAAUUUAAGUCUAAUAUGGAAUUUAGUAGAUCUAUGUUACCGUUUCUUUAAAUGAAUUGGAGUGAAGUCGGGAAGAAAAGCUGAAAUGAUCAUGCAAAGUUCAUCAUUGCAGUUUAGUUUCCAAUUUGGCUGCUUGAGUUAUGAUCUGCUGAAGGUGAUGAUCUGUCACAUUACAAUUUUUACAUUCUGCGGUGGUGGAAAUAAUUCCAUAGGAUUGGUAUAAGUCACCUGUCUGCAAUUAUUCUUGUCCCCCCAUGUUGUAGGAGUAUGCAAACUGUGCAGUAGUAAUACAUAAUUGCUUAAAAACUUGAAUGUCAACAGCGUUCCCUAUCUGCAUCUUUCUGGUCACCAUCUUUGGUUAUGAUUGUCCCAUCUUCUUAAAAUUUGUAUGCUCUGAUGCUCUUUGUUUUUCCAGUCCUGCGUUUUGUGGACUUUGCCACAUGAAGUUUCUUCAUCAGUUGUAUCUCACUUUUUGUUAUUUCCCAGAAAUGUUUAUGCCAGUUUUGAAUCAGUUGUGGGAAACUUUUCUUUUUCUCUAUUCAGUCAUGAAUUGUACUUUAAUUUUCCUUUAAUUCAGUAGUGCCUGAAUUCUAACAUUUGAAGAAAGGAUAAUGAUCAAAAGAUUUCCAUUGUUCAAGCUGAAAUGCCUUGAGCAAAAUCCCUUUCUUAAAAGCUCAAGUUGUAUAACAGAGACAGACUUGAGUAUUGCUUGAAAAAAGACAAGUUAUUACAAUUUCUGGUCUUGCACUCAUGCUGUAUUAUCCUGUACUGUUGAAUGCAAGGGGAAAAGCAUUUCUUAGCAAUGUUCAUGUUCUAUACGACCAAGCGACUGAAAUAGAACUUCGCAUGCUCAGUCACCUAACAAUGACAAAAUCAACAAAAACCACUGAGGGAUCGGAACGACCGAGUAUCAUCAUCUGUGGCCAUGUUUGUUUCUGCAUUGUUUUUGAGGUUGACAUCAGGUUUCUUUUAAGGAGAAGAAUAUUUAUCUAGAGCAAAGAACUGCCCACUGGAGGAUGGUGACUUGAUGGUGAUGUUCAGGAGGUAUGGGUCCAAAUUCUACCUCAGCAACUUGAUUCUUUCAUAGGAAGUUUCACUUUCUGGCAGGGCCAAGAUUUGUUGCCGGCCCCUAAUCUGAAUACUUGGUACACCAUUUCAGAGGUUAGCUAAGAGUGAACUAUAUUAAUGUAGACUUUGGCCAGUCUGACCUACAUUUGGCACUAAGAUGGCACAUUUUCUUCCCGAAGGAUAUUAGUGAGCUAGCUGGGAUUUUAUGAUGAUAGUUACGGUGUUCACCAUUAUUAGGCUAGCUUUGUAUUCCAAAUGUUAGUAACUGAGGUUAACUUCAAAUCAACUGCUUUUAUACAGUUUGAAUCCAUGUCCUCCUGGGAGUUAUCCUGGACCUCUGAAUUACGAGGUGUUGUAUUACUACAGUGCCGUCAUCUGAAAUAUAUAAAGUUAGCUGUAGUAAAGAGUGAUCAUCAAAAUAUCAUUGUCAUUAAAGCCUAUCUUAUUCACUACUGCCAUUUAGGAAAGUAAAUCUGCCAUUCUUGCCUUGUUUGCCCAAUAAUUGACGCCAGAUCUGCUGCAUUAUAGUUAACUCUAAUUGCCCUCUGAAAUGACCUCGCAAAUCGCUCAGUUCAAGUGCAUUUAGGGAGGUUAACAAAUGAUGGUCUUGCCAGCGACAUUCACUUCCCAUGAAAAACGAUGCUGUGACCACACCACCAGAUCGUAUGCUGGUAUCUUUUCCUUUUUUAACUUGAGGUAAAAAAGGCCAUAGGAAGAUUUCUUCCAGGAAAUAAAGUCCAAAGCAUUCCUGUUCCGAAGUAAUGUUUAACCUGUUGGUUAGUUGGCUUUUAAAUUUCAGUCAGAGGGUUGGUCAACAUCCUGUAGAAUACAUGGAAAAAUCAGACAAUCAUGUGAGUAACUACCCAAAACACUUCUGAUUUGAACUUGCCUUCAAAGAAAUAAUGCAAUUUGGUAGGAGAGCUGUACUCAGAUCUAGGUCUCUGCAUGUGAUCUUUCUAUCUCCUUAAAUUGUAGAAUUGCUUCCGGAAGUGGAGUAACUGUUACCACCCUCACAUUGUAACGUUGUUACUCUCCUCCAUUCCCUGAUUACCAACUUCUCCAGUGUGUCUAACAUUUUGAUGUAGAUACUUAUUUGGGAGUUUUGGGUAUUAAUGUGAUAUUUAAAUUAGUAAUUGUAUUUUUAAACAUUUUCAUGUUAUUUUGAGUUUUAAAUAUUCUGUUGACCUUCAUUCUAGUUGAAAUUUCAGCUCCCUCUAAUGUCAAAUAAUUUCUUAAAUUUUUUUCCAUUUUACAGUCCACUCAUUUAUUUGCCCUCACCCUCCCCCACUUGAGUGGAGUCCGUGUGAUUCCUUCCAGGAUGCACAAAUACGCAUACACACACACACUCUCUCUCCUGGAUGCUUUGUUGAGGGAGAAAAAAGCUAAAGUUGGUCACCUGGGGGAGCUGUUGUAGGAUGCAAAUGUUACAUUAGUUUGUUCAGGAUGUUGUCCUUGCAAGUUUCCUUCACAUAUUUUACUCUGUAGUAAGUAGAAGUUAAGUUUGAUUUUUAAUGUGAUUCAGCUUACAGUUGGUUGUCCCAGGUACUAUCACUUGCCUUCCAUAUGUUUCAUAUGGCAUAAGUAUCAGCAGCAUUAGCUAAGUGCGACAGCGAAACUCACCAAGUAAACUUGAUAUUCCAAAUAAUUUCUAAAAUUAGGUUGGACUAAAGUUAUCUGGCCCCAAAUUGACUGGUUUAUCCUGUUGUGUACCAACAUUGGAAACCUACUGGAUAUUUUUAUGUGAAGUGUUCAUCAUGAUCCUUUUUUUUAAAUUUGUUUAUUGUAUUUUAUGUUUGUGUACCAUUUAUAAAAUGAAAUAAUCCAAAUGUUUUUAGUUAUUUUUCUUGGAAUUAAAGGCAUGGUUGUACUGCUACAUGCAACCAAUUGUUUCAUCUUUUCAUUUACUUUGUAAAACAGUUUGAAAUGUGAAUGAGCUUUUUUGAACUCAGUGAGCUUAGCACUGUGGCUGACAUCUGCUCAGAUUCAAAAGUGAUCAGUGCAGUAAAUGUACAGCUGGUGAAAAGAUAAUUCCGUGAUUUCUCAACUUUGUGACUUCUAUGCCUUCAAAUUGUGGAGUUUUGUAUUCUAUUCCUUACAAUGCAAUUAAUUUUACAAGACUACUUUAAUUGUACGGCUGGUGUACAAAAUUAAGAAUACCCUCUUGCGCACUAGAAAUGUAACGAAACUUAGUGUUAAAUGCACUCUCCUCCUGGAUUUGUGUGAUAUUUGUUAAAUUCAUGCCUGCACUGUUGGGACCAAAAACCCCAAUUGGAGAAGACAAUUUGGAGCCAUUAUGCUCCAGCAUUUUUUUUAUUUUUUAAGAUUAGACAGCUGUAUGUUUAAUGAAUCAUGUUUCAAAAAUGUGGCUUUAAAGAAGGCAUAAAUUGUCCAUUAUGGUGACUGGCAAGACAUGUGCUCAACACUGGCAGAUUUUGAUUUGAAAAUAAAUGCCCUUUAUAGCAAAUGGAUUUAUCAGAUGUAACUCAAGAUCACAACUAUUUUCAGUAUCCAUUUUGUUGAAUAUGGUUUGGCAUGUUAACUUUCAAAAACACUUAAUAUCUCUGUUUUAAGGUAUAUACAUCAUUGCAAUGUUCAUUAAGCUAUUUUAAGCUGUAUAUACUGUGAUUAAAGGAUAAUUAAGCAAUCUGAAGCUGACUCUAUACUUGGAGGAUGUUUGAUUGUUGUAUGCUAUGCUCUUUCCUCCUCUCAUGUUUUCUCAGACCCCUGCCUCACCCCUCCCAUAUUUCCCUGCUACAAAUCCUCUGAAUUCCUAACAUGACAAUAAUGGGCCUUCUUUUAUUCCUUUCAACUUUUGUGCUAUAGGCAGGUAAAUGAUUGGAUGUGUGAUUUCUUUUGUUUCUGUGAAGAGGAAAGGAUUGCUGCUGUUGUAAUUUUCUUGAACUAUUGGAUGUAUAGGAAAGGACCUCAACUAAUUUUCAAAAUGGCUGCUUUCCCAAACUAUCUAGUACAAUCUACUCUGCCAUGUUUGACUUACGAACAAAAAGUUCUGUAUUGUUUUGCUAGAACUGACUGAAAUUUCACACCUCAAAAGUCGGCCUGCAUGUUGCAGCAGUAUCGCCUUUGCCAUUCAUCCAUCGGCUGCACGAAUGGUCUAGGCAUGGACGACCGAAAUUAUACAAUCCUAGUGUUUUUACUUGUUUAGUCCUAUGGCGGUGUUCUGUUUUGAGGCAUGUGGCUUUUUUUUUAAAAGGUACACUAUGUGUGCUCGCCUUGAACUUAAACUAACUGCAGAAACAAAACUGAUGCCAAGAGUUUUUUUUUGUCAUCUGUUUUAUGACAGCAUACUAACUUAACAGCUUACAGAGACUGUGGAUAAGUAAUGUACAUCACUGUCACAAGAAUGCCCUUCCUUUGAUAUAUAAUCAAGCUUACUGUUUAAUGAGGGAUGGAAGCCAAGUUUUUUAGACGUUACCAGAACUUUGCUAAACUAGUUUAAAAUGAAAAUAUUGGAGACACAUCAAUCAUCAGAAUGGUUCCCAGCAGAGUGUUCAUUGCGCAUGUACCUUUUUUCUUGCUUUUGUCAUAUAAUAUCCAUAUCGGUAUUUAUAUUAUUUUUCAUCUGUGUGUAUUUGGCAACUGUACAGAUAACUACAUGGGUUUUGUUAACUUUCACCUGUUGAUAGAAUUUGCUAAAGAAAAGCAACAAAGUAAAACUUUUAAGUUUGCUGUAGAAUAAAACCCUACAUGAAGAGUUUGACAACUGUUAAGCCUUUUCAUUUGUUCAUGAAAAAUGCACCUUGAAAUCAAUAUUUCUUUUAGGCACUUGUACAGGGAAUAAACAAUAAAGAUUCAAAGGAGA